GCCGCUAGCCUGCGUGACGCCAUUGAAGUGCGGAGGAGCGGCUUGAGCUAGGUCUCGCUGCAUGCCCAGAGUGAAGCGAGGCCCAGUUUCGCUGCCUGCGAAGGCUGAUACGAGUCGCUCUGCUCGCGUAUCUGCUGACACGACGUAGCAGCAAGGCGAUAUCGCCACGCGGAGCCUACGCGGCAGAGCGCCGACGCCGUACAAAAACAGGUAGAUCCAACACCAUGCGCGGACUCUGGCUGGUUGUCGCCGCCGCCGCGGCGGCGCGGCCGCCGACGCGCUGGCUCGCGAGUAGGGGAGGCGCGAAGAAGACCGUCGAGGAGGACGAGCCGGCCUCGAUAAGAUUGGAGGUCGACGCGGCCGUCGAGGACGCCGCGGACUUCGACGCGAGCGGCAUCGAGCUGCCCGAGGGCCAGAUGGACGCGUGCGGCGUUUUUGAAGGAGAUGUGGUGGAGGUGAGCGGCGCCAAGGGCGCGCACACGCUGUGUGUCGUGAAGCAGCGCGAGGAGGAUGGAGACGCUUGUGCGUUAGGUAGAUUAGCGCGGCAGAACGCCGCGGUAAGAGUGGGAGGAGUCGUCACGGUGACGCCUCCCUCCGAAGGCGUCGCGGCGGCGACGCACGUGUAUGUCGCGGCCUUCCUCGACUCGCUGGCGGCCGCGGGGUUCAAAAGCGACGUCUCCGACCAGGAAUUGGUCGAAAAGUGCCUCGCGCCGCGAUUGGAGCGAGGCAACGUUCCAUUAAGAGCGGGCGACCGGAUCGAGGCGAACGGCGUCGAAUUCAAGGUGAUUGACGUGGACACGGCCCUGACGGCGUCGGACGAUAAGGGCGGCGUCGUGCCCGAGGGCGGGUGCGAGAUUAUUAUAGAGGAGGAGCGGUUACUACGGAGUCAGGAAGUCGACGAGAUUGGCUACGACGAUCUUGGGGGUAUCGACAAGGCCGUGGCGACGGUCCGGGAGUUGGUGGAGGCGCCGCUGAAGCGCCCGGAGUUCUUCGAGGCGGUCGGCGUCGCGCCGCCGAGGGGGGUUUUGCUGCACGGCGCGCCGGGCUGCGGCAAGACUAGUUUGGCGAGAGCCGUGGCGCGAGAGACCGGGGCGUUUUUCUUUUUGAUCAACGGCGCGGAGAUCCUGAGCAAGCAGCCCGGCGAGGCCGAGGCGAACCUGCGGAAGGCCUUCGAUCAAGCGAGGGCGCACGCGCCGGCGAUCGUCUUUCUCGACGAGGUCGACGCGAUCGCGCCGCGGCGGGACAAGGGCGGCGGCGGCGGCGCCGAGGAGAAGCGCGUGGUGCGGACGCUGUGCGACCUUCUGGACGAACUCGAACGGGACCACGCGAACGCGGCGGUGAUCGUCAUGGCGGCGACGAAUCGGCCGAACUCGGUGAAUCCCAUGUUGCGGAGAUAUGGGAGGUUGGACAAGGAGGUCGACGUCGGGGCGCCCGACGCCGACGCGAGGUUGGAUAUUCUGAGGGUGCGCACGCGGGACGUGGCCUUGGAUGACGACGUGGACCUGGAGAGGCUAGCGCGGGACACGCACGGCUUCGUCGGUGCGGACGUCGCGCAGUUAUGCCUCGAGGCUGCCUACGAGACGGUGCGCGAGCACUUCCCGGCGGGGUCGGACGCGCGGACGCAACUCCUCUGCGGCUACGCGGACGAAGGUGCGUCCAGAAAGGUCAAAAUGGAGCACUUCACGAAAGCUUUAGACAGGGUGAACCCGUCGGCGUUACGGGAGACGGCCGCCUCGAUCCCGAAGGCGUCGUGGGCCGACGUCGGCGGGCUCGAAGACGUGAAGCGGGAGCUCCACGAGACGGUGCAGUACCCCGUCGAGCACGCGGCGAAGUUCAAGGCCGUGGGGCUGCCCCCGUCCAAGGGCGUUUUGUUUUACGGCCCGCCGGGCUGCGGCAAGACGCUCCUGGCCCAGGCGGUGGCCCACGAGUGCGGCGCGAACUUCGUGAGCAUCAAGGGCCCCGAGCUCCUCACGAUGUGGUUCGGCGAGAGCGAGGCGAACGUCCGCGCGCUCUUCGAGAAGGCGCGCGCGUCGGCGCCCUGCAUCCUCUUCUUCGACGAGAUCGACGCCAUCGCGAAGCAGCGCGGCUCGGGCCAGGGCGGCGCGUCCGAGGCCGGCGACCGCGUCAUCAACCAGAUCCUGACGGAGAUCGACGGCGUCGGCGCGCGGAAGGACGUCUUCGUCAUCGGCGCGACCAAUAGACCGGAGGUUUUGGACGCGGCGAUCACGCGGCCGGGACGCUUAGAUACUUUAGUGUAUAUCCCGCUGCCCGACGAGGCGUCGCGCGCGGCGGUCUUCCGCGCGGCGCUCCGGAACUCGCCCGUUUCUGAUGAGGUGGACCUUGAUUUGUUAGCAAGGUGCACGCCGGGCUUCUCGGGCGCGGACUGCGCCGAGGUCGCGAAGCGGGCCGCGCGCUGCGCGAUCCGGGACGCCGUGCACGCGGCGGCGGAAGGAGUAGAGGGCCCGACGGCCGUCUCCACCAAACACUUCGAGGAGGCCAUGGCCACGGCGCGGCGCUCCGUCACGGACGCGGACCUCGCCAAGUACGACGCCUACGCGGCCAAGCAAAAGGUAUCGGCCGACGCCGUCGACGGCGAGCCGGCCAAGGCGUUCUCGUUCGACGACGACGGCGACGAGGCCAUGUUCGAGUAAGUGCUUCCGGAUAAUACU